UAUAAAUAGCUGUACUCUUGUUCCCAAUUUAGCAGUCACGUUUUGGAAAUCCUUCAAUAGGAAAAAUGAAGAUUGAUACCGGACCACUAAUCCUGGCGAUCGCCAUUUUUCUGCCCAAUUGGGUUGAAUCAGCCUCAGAUGAUAAUGAAAAACUUCCACAAGGAGGUAGAAUAAUUCCUUACAGGUUUUCAUCAGGAUCAAGCUCAAGUAAUACCGGACAUCAAAAUGAAUUAACACCAGGUUCUUACCGAUUUCCUCAAGAAGUAAGCUCAAGUAAUUCCAGACAUUCAAUUGGAUUUCCACAAGGAACUAGAAUAAUUAAUUACACGUUUCCUCCAGAACGUGUGCCAAUAAAGGUUGUGAAAGACUGGGAAGGAUUAGAUUAUGGAAUACAUGUUGGUGGCAGACCUGGAUAUUAUGGAAUGGUUUAUCCUUAUGGAACAUAUAAUGUUAUAUCUGGUUCACCCCCAGAAUAUAGUAUUACGAUAGUUCAGCCUCAAAAUGGUCAACAAAUAUUUCGUGCAGGAAAACAUGCAGCAACAGUCCAAGGAACUACAAUGUAUGAAGUACAUCCAAAUGGUGCCUUUGUUGAAAAGGACGGGCAGAAAGUGAGAUUCUGGCCUGAAAGCAAAGAUAUACUGUCAAAUGAUGGUGUGCAUCGCUACGCAGCUUAUGAGAAUGGGUUUCGCCUGUAUAAUGAAGGACAAAGGACUUUAAUUCGUCAGAGGCAAGGACAACUAAGACUAGAGUGAUGAGAAAGCUGCUGCAUGUGAACAGUGGAGGAAAAGUAAAACAAAAAAGCUAUGUAUACUAAUAUAAUUAAUAAAUAAAUGUAGCACAAAAUUC